CUCAAAGGACAAUUGCACUUUUCAUUUAGGCAGAAGUGUGAAGAUGUCUGAUAAGACGGACCAGGAUGAAGAGGGGAUAUCUGGGUCUGGAGUCACAGUCGUAGAGACUAACCGUUUUGGGUUCAUUCUAGGAAAUGGCGAAACUGACAGUGAUGGUCCCUGUCCUGAGUUAGUGAGACAUCGAGAGACGAAGUGGCUCGGCCUUAUAAAACAAUGGGAGCAAGUGAUGGAGAAAAAAAGCAACAAGGUCAAAAGUCAAUGUCAGAAGGGUAUCCCAGCAUCGGUCAGGGCUAAGUGCUGGCCACUGCUCUGUGGUGCUAUGGAGAGAAGGGAGAAAAAUGCAAAACUAUACGAACGUCUAGUUGAAGCUCUGGAUCAGCAAGGAUGGACUGACAUCAUCAAAAGGGACACAGACAGACAAUUUCCCUUCCAUGAGAUGUUCCAGUCCAAAGAUGGCCAUGGUCAGAAGGAUUUGCUGCAUGUUCUGAAAGCAUACACGCAGUACCGACCAGAAGAGGGCUACUGUCAGGCACAGGGCCCAGUGGCAGCUGUCCUCUUGAUGAACAUGCCCGCUGAGGAGGCAUUCUGGUGUUUGGUGCAGAUUAGUGAGCUCUACCUUCCUGGCUACUACAGCCCUCUGUUGGAAGGAGUUCUUUUUGAUGCGGCUGUUCUCUCGAGCGUAUUAAAAAAACAGUGUCCAGCUGUACACAAACACCUGCAGAAUCAGGGGGUGGAGCCACUCAUGUUUGCCACUGAUUGGUUGAUGUGUCUGUACAGCCGCCACUUACCUUUCAACACUUUGCUCAGAGUCUGGGAUCUCUUCUUCUGCUAUGGUGUGCGCGUUUUGUUCCAAGUUGCUGUGGCACUGGUGCGGCGUUGUCUCGGAGAGGCUCGAAUACGAAAAGAGUGCGAUGGACAGAUGGAAACUCUGGAGCGACUGCGAGGUGUUAAGGAGCGUGUCCAAAAUGUUCAGGCUGACACCUUUAUUCACGAGGUGUGUUCUGUGCCCCUGUCCUUGGUGGACCUGCAAAAACAAACCGAGAAAGAGAUGGAGAAGUGGAAACUAGAAAGACCACACUCGACUUUUGAUCCACGUGGGCGCUGUCAUGGAUAUAGGAUGGCAUGGGAGAGAGGGCAGGAGAAACUAAGAAAAAAUGAAAAGAAGGAACAACAGAAAGGGAACCUGACUCUUCCUCUGAUGAGAUCACAUUCCUCUCUCUCUCCCUCUAUUUUGCGAAAGAAAUUGAGAAAGAGGAGUAGUCGGACUGAGACAGAGGAGUGGGAUGGAGGAGGAAGAAAUGUCUCACAAGGUUUGAUGGAGGAGAGUGAUGAUGAAGAAAUUAGGAGAAAGAGUGUGUGUGGUGUCAUUGGAGAGCAGAGGGAAAAGCAAGGCAGGCUAGCACAUGAACUGUAUACACACAAACAGAAAGAUCACAACACACACACAACUAUACCACCACAAAAGCCAAAGGUGCUGGUGGUGUCUUACAGUACUGAAUCUAAUGUUUUUGAGGAAGGGCAUGAAGACAGAAUCUGUGCAUCAAAUAUACAGAUUGUGACAAAGAGAGAUUCUGUUAAACAUGAGGAUACCUUACACACAGAUACAGGUAAUUGCAAGGAAGAAACAGAAGUAUCUUUAAACCAACACAACGACACUUCAGCAACAGGAGAAGGUAAAUAUGAUGAUAAAGAAAGGAUUGCUGCGAGUGUGUUGGAAGAGGACAUACAGACACAUGAACAUCAUGAACCAAAUGUUGAAAAAGAGACAUGUCAAGAUCAGAAUACAGAGAAUAAGACAAAUCAAAAUGAACAGAGAACAAAAGAGCAGACAAAUCAAGAUGAGCAGAAUACAGAGAAACAUACAUGUCAAGAUGAACAUAACGUGGAAAUCAGGAUAACUUCAGAGUCAUCUGAGGAAAGCAAACAAACAAACUAUUAUGCACAGGUAGUGGACGUACAGACUACCACUGAUAAACAGGAAGAGGAAAUACAGUCAUGGGGCUUCAAACGGGAUGGAGCAGAAGCAGAUACUUUGCAAAAAGUCAUAAUACCUGAAGACAACCAGCAAGAUGAGGAAAAUAGAAAAAAUCUGGAAAAUAUCACAGAGGCAGAAGGACAGACAACAGUUUUUCAAGAAGACCGGAGAUCUCACACAUCCAGAGAUCAAUAUGAAGAACAACCCAUUGGUGAAAACUAUACUGAUGUAGGUAUGGAGGAAGCUGGGUUUCAGCAUAUAGUGGUUGGUGAUGGAGAGAUCCCAGAGGAGAGAAAGAAAGGAAAGGAAGAAGAAAGACAGGAGGCAAAGCUAGAGGAAAGAGACAAUGAUUAUCAUAUCGGUGACAAAGAGACACUGCAAACAUCUGAAGAACACGAAAUUGAGCAUCCAAACAGAUCAGUCUCUCCUCUCACCUUAGCGGAUCCUGUACAGCAAUCCCAAUCCAGCGACUCAGAGCAUAAUGACAUGGAUGCUACUGAAAGAUCUAGUGACUCACAACACAGUCAAAUAGAUUCCAAAGAAGUGGAAGUUAUAUUAAGAUCUGGCAACCCAGAACAGAGUGUAGAGGGUGCUUCUGGUAGGACUGACUCCCAUGAAACUUGGGAGGAUCUUGCAGUGGCAUCUAAAAACUCUGAGGACAUAAUCAUGAAUGCUGCUUCUGUUGCUAUGUGUUGUAACAUAGAAACCAGCGAGAUUAACACAGAACUCUGUGAAAGAAAUAAAACAACUGAAUCUGAAAAUAUAAAGUGUUGUGAAAUGGAUACUUCUAAAGAUUCACACAACCUUGAAAACAAAAGAGAGGAUGGUACUUGUAAAUCUGGCAACUCAGAGUGCAUUAAUUUUACAACUGGAUCUGGCAACCCAGAGAGUGAUGCAAUGGAGUCUGCUAAUGGAUCUGGCAAACCAGAUUGUAAAAAAGUUGAUGUUUCAACUGAAUUUCACAACCCAAAAAGACACCAAGUGCAUGUUGGAACAGGAUCUGACAACCCAGAGAGUGAUGCAAUGGACUCUGCUGAUGGAUGUGGCAACUCAGAGUGUACAAAAGUGCAUGCAACUUCUGAAUCUAGUAACAACGAAGUGCAAAUUGGAUCUUUAUCUGGAAACCCAGAAAGCAGUGAAGUGCAUGUUGGAGUUGAUUGCACUCAGGUUGCAAUUGGAUCUAGUAACCAUGAGAGCAAUUUAGAACAUUCUGUUGUUGGAUCAGGUAACCCAGAGUGUAAAGACGAGCAUGCUACUUCUGAAUCUAGCAACCCAGAAAGCAGCAAAGUGUUUGUUGGAUCUGGCAACCCAGAGUGCACUCAGGUUACAAUUCGAUCUGGAAACCAUGAGAGCACUGUAGUGGAUUCUGCUGUUGCAUCUGGCAACCCAGAGUGCAACAUAGUGGACUCUGCUGAUGGAUCUGGCAACUCUCUGCAUAACAGUGUAUGUGCAAUACCUGACAACAACCAGGAUUUAGAGACCCAAUCGAAAACAACAUCCAAACCUUCAAUACCAAAUAUCCCACCAACUCAGCACCGUGUCGGCAGGACUUCCAGCUCACGGUCAUCCUAUCCCACAAUCCUCUCAGAGGACACUUUCAGAGUGCCAAAGCAGACUCACACACCCAAAGAAGACAUCACACAAGAGACACACACUCAGCUCAUCACGGGUUCAUCAACAAAGCCAGGUGCUCCCAAAUGUCUGGGUCUCUUCAGCCGUCUACGGGGGGAGACCAAUAAAACCCCUGUACCUAAAAUCUUCAUUCAAGACAUUAGCGAGAAAGAAGAAAAGUUGACUGCAAAAGAGAGGAGGCGGAGAAAGAGAGAGAGCGAGAGAAAAGAAAGGGAGGAGAGAAAGAAACGAGAAAAGCAGACAGAAAAAGAGAGGAAAAACCCACAGAUGAGCGGGAAGAGCUUCCAGGUGCUCAACAUGGAGUGUUGGGAUAAUGACGUGUCCCCUAACAACACUGACUCUAAGACGCUUUGCCACAGGAGAAAUUCUGCCCCUUUUUCUGACAGUUAUUUUUAAAUCAGAGAC